AUGACUGCUACGACUGCAUUGACUGCGCAGAACACGCUCGGCGUACAGGAUAUACACCACACGCCGCCGGACUUCGUGCGGAAGCAAAUUGACGCUGUUUGUGAAGAUGUUGGUGUGGAUGUGGUCAAGACUGGCAUGCUUGCCUCCCCCGAGACAAUCUUGAUUGCUGCAGACGCUUUCAGGAGAUAUAAGAUUAACACCACUGUUGUUGACCCUGUAAUGGUGUCGACAUCGGGCUCACAGCUCCUUCCUGAAACCGCUAUCUCAACACUAAUUCAACACCUCCUGCCUUGCACUACACUUCUCACUCCGAACCUUCCCGAGGCACAGCUGCUGCUUAAAACCGCUGGCUUGAAUCUCUCUGAUCCUCAAAACGUCGAAGACAUCGUCUCUAUAGCGCAUCAAAUCCAGUCACUCGGACCAAAAUGGGUACUGCUAAAGGGUGGCCAUCUACCAUUGACACACGGCCGCGUAGUAACCACACAAGACAGCGAGAAAGAAGUUGUUUUGAACAUACUUGUAGGUGAUAGUGGAGUCACGAUACUGGAAAGCCCCUAUCUGCAGUCAAAAAACACGCAUGGAACCGGAUGUUCGUUAGCAUCCGCUAUUGCAUGUAAUUUGGCUAAGGGAAUGUCGAUGGUCAAGGCGGUGAAGAAGGCAAACCUGUAUGUUGAAGCAGGAAUAAAGACAGCCGUCGACUUGGGACAGGGAAGUGGCCCAAUCAACCACUUCCAUUCAGUAUACAUGCUGCCUUUCACAUCAGGGAAUUUCAUCAGUUACCUGCUGGAUCGGGACGAUGUGCAAAAGCCGUGGAAAGAGUAUACUCAGCACGAUUUUGUGCAGAGUAUGGGUUCUGGGACGUUGCCAGUGGAGAAAUUUAUGUACUACCUGGUACAAGACUACCUUUUCUUGGUUCAAUUUGCAAGAGCGAACGCACUAUCUGCAUACAAGUCAAGCAACCUGAAAGAUAUCGGCCGCUCCGUGCAACAGGUCGUCACCCUCCAAGAAGAGAUACAGCUGCAUAUCGACUUCUGUAAAGGAUACGGACUGUCAGAAGCUGAUAUCAUCAACGAAGAAGAGGACCAAGCCACUACAGCAUACACACGCUAUGUCCUCGACAUCGGCAUGUCGCAAGACUAUCUCGCCUUACAGAUCGCCCUUCUCCCCUGCCUCAUCGGUUACGGUAUCAUUGCUAAACGUCUCUAUGAAGAUCCCAGCACUGUAAGGGUGGGAAGCAAGUACUGGAAGUGGAUUGAGCAAUACGUAGCAGAGGAAUACAGGGAGGCGAUGAUGAGGGGGAGUGAGCUGGUAGAGAGACAUGCCGAAGGACUAAGUCCGAGCAGAGUCGAAGAGUUAGCUGGCAUCUUCAUACACGCCACAAAUAUGGAGAGAGGCUUCUGGGACAUGGGACUUAGAGCUGGCGAGGAAGGAAAUCUCCAGAUUACGAUACACACUCCCUCAGACUCGACCGGUUCCCCUUUCACACCAGUCCCUACAAAACACUCGCACAUCAUGUCUUACGGCGGCGGCGGUUACGGUGGUGGUGGUGGAGGAUACGGUGGCGGCGGCGGUCGCGGCGGUGACCGCGGCUACUCGAACGGUGGCGGCUACGGCGGCGGUUCCAACGGCUACUCCGGUGGUGGAGGCGGCUACGGCGGAGGUGGUGGUGGUUACGGUGGAGGCGGAUUUGGCGGUGGUCGCGAUGGCGGUGACCGCAUGUCGCAACUCGGCCAGGGCCUGAAGCAGCAAUCAUGGGACCUCGACACCAUGCCCAAAUUCGAAAAGUCUUUCUACAAGGAGGACCCCGCUGUUACUGCGCGUUCAGCCGCUGAAGUUGCCGAAUACCGCAAGGAGCACCAGAUGACCGUCAAGGGUGAGAACAUCCCCAAGCCCGUCACAACUUUCGACGAGGCCGGCUUCCCAUCCUACGUGAUGAACGAGGUCAAGGCUCAGGGUUUCGCAAAGCCCACUGCUAUUCAGGCUCAGGGUUGGCCCAUGGCUCUCUCUGGUCGCGACGUUGUUGGUGUUGCCGAGACUGGUUCCGGAAAGACGCUUACCUACUGUCUUCCUGCUAUCGUCCACAUCAACGCUCAGCCUCUGCUCGCCCCUGGUGACGGCCCCAUCGUCCUGAUCCUCGCCCCCACUCGUGAGCUUGCUGUCCAAAUUCAACAAGAGAUCAGCAAGUUCGGAAAGUCCUCGCGCAUCCGAAACACCUGCGUCUACGGAGGUGUCCCCAAGGGUCCCCAGAUCCGUGACCUUGCACGCGGUGUCGAGGUGUGCAUCGCCACACCUGGACGUCUCAUCGACAUGCUUGAGGCGGGCAAGACCAACCUCCGCCGUGUUACCUACCUGGUUCUCGACGAGGCUGACCGCAUGCUUGACAUGGGUUUCGAACCUCAAAUCCGCAAGAUUAUUGGUCAAAUUCGUCCUGACCGUCAAACCUGCAUGUGGUCCGCUACAUGGCCCAAGGAAGUCCGCCAGCUUGCUGCCGACUACCAAAAGGACUGGAUCCAGGUCAACAUCGGUUCCAUGGAUCUGUCUGCUAACCACCGCAUUCAACAAAUCGUUGAGGUCUGCACCGAAUUCGAGAAGCGUGACCGCAUGGCCAAGCACCUCGAGACUAUCAUGAGUGACAAGGACAACAAGAUUUUGAUCUUCACAGGCACCAAGCGCGUUGCUGACGAGAUCACCCGAUUCCUUCGUCAGGACGGCUGGCCGGCGCUUUCCAUUCACGGUGACAAGCAGCAGAACGAGCGCGACUGGGUCUUGAACGAAUUCAAGACGGGCAAGAGCCCCAUCAUGGUUGCCACCGACGUGGCUUCCCGUGGUAUCGAUGUCCGCAACAUUACUCACGUGUUCAACUAUGACUACCCGAACAACUCGGAGGACUAUGUCCACCGUAUUGGUCGUACUGGUCGUGCUGGCGCUAACGGUACUGCCAUCACUCUCUUCACUACAGACAACUCCAAGCAAGCUCGUGAUCUCGUCCAGAUUCUCACAGAGUCCAAGCAGCAGAUCGAUCCUCGCUUGCACGAGAUGGCCCGCUACGGUGGUGGCGGCGGCGGUGGUGGUCGCUGGGGAGGUGGCCGCGGCCGUGGCGGAGGCCGUGGCGGACGGGGGGGCUGGACCGGAGGUAACAGCGAUCCCAUCCGCAACAGCCGCUGGUGA